AUGGAAUCAGAAGCUGACUUUGGCAAUGGCUUAUUAAGCUCGGAAGUUGGACAUCGACGUCGUUCUACUUCAGUCUCUGAUGAUUAUUCAGUUCAGAAGACAAAUGAUGAUGCAACGGAAUGUAAAUUUGUUGCUGUUCAGCAAAAAUAUUACAUCGACAACUUCAUCGGAGCAUUUAUUUACUGUGCUGAUCACCACAGAGAUCCAGAAAUUGUUCGUGGUUAUUGGGCUCGCACAGCAGCAAUUACUUCUCUUGUUUCACAAUUUAUUAAGAUUUCUGGUCCUUCUGCUCAAAUUAUUAGUUUGGGAGCUGGUUUUGAUACACUAUAUUGGCGUUUAAAAGAAAGUGGACACAACUUUAACAAAUUUGUGGAAUUUGACUUUAGCAGUGUUACAUCCAAAAAAAUUCGUUUAAUUCAAAGAAGCAAAAAUGUCAAUUUGGCUGGAUAUUUUAGCAAGCCUGCUAUUGAGAGUCAACAUAGUGACCUACAUUGUGGGGAUUAUCAUUUAAUUGGAGCUGAUCUGAGGCAAAUACGCGAAUUUGAACAAAAAUUGACAACUGCUGAACUAGACAAUUCUCAACCUACUUUAAUUAUUGCUGAAUGUUUAUUUGUUUAUAUGGAUGUGGAACACUCAUACAAUUUAAUUAAAGAAUUGACUAAAUAUUUUGAAACGUUGGCAUUAAUUAAUUAUGAACAGGUCAAUAUGAACGAUAACUUCAGCAAGGUUAUGCUUGACAAUUUAAAUAAUCGAGGUAUUCAUUUACCUGGCCUAGCUGUUUGUGAAUCUUUAUCAACACAAAAACAAAGAUUCUCAAGUGUUGGAUUUUCGACAGUAAAAGGAUGGACAAUUAAUGAAAUUUAUACCAAAUUUUUGCCGGAGCAAGAGGUUCAAAGGUUUGAAAAUUUUUCUUUUUUUUCGGAAUUUAUUUCCACUCAUCUAAAAUUUUUUUGUUUAAUUUUGGACCUUUUAAUGAUUUUAAAUUUAAGAAUAGAAAAAUUGGAUCCUUUGGAUGAACGUGAAUUGCUUACACAACUUUUGGAACAUUAUUGUCUAAUUUAUGCAUUUAAAGAUUCGACUAAGGAAAAACUUGCCGAUUUAAUUGUUCAAUGA